UAGCUUGAGUGGUGUUUAUUUAUGUGUGUCCUCUUUGUCAGUUAUUUCUAAGAACACCGCCGGGUCCUUGAAUUAGUUUUGUUAUAUUUUUAAAGGUUGCUGUUAAUGUUAUAGCAUAGGCCUAUAUGACUACUUACAUUUCGUCUUGACCGAGCUGGAACUACUAGUGCAGCACUGGAGUGUUUACAACCUCAUGUGAUAACCCAUCGAGUGACUGAGGCUGAGUGCCCUCAUCUUGUUUGGGCAGUCACUAUGUUUUCUUUUUCGUAACAAAAGACCGAACGAACUGGCAUACGUCGAGAGGGAUAAAGAGGCUUGAAACUGGUCACCCGGCAACGAAAACUAGCUUCUUAAAACAUUAAAAAUGUCAAACUGUGCAGCAGCAUAUCAAACUCAGAUAGCAUCGAUAAUGGAUGUGCUCGCCAAGGCUGCUGUUGCCGAAAUAAGCAAAGUGGUGGAGGACGCCGUCGUCAUUUUACGGGUGGAAACUUGUCAACGGCAAAACGAAGUCGAAGCCCUGAAGAGAAACCUGGAAGUCGUCUCGAACGAGCUGCGAGCCACACGUAGGGCUCUCGUGCGGGAGUGCAUCAACGGGAGGGCAGCAGCAGCAGAUAUUAUUGAAACACGCGACCAGGAGUCUGUCAUCAACCGAGGCUGCACAGGGAAAGCUGUACGAGCAGAGGAGAGCCGGGGUGCGGCAGAGGACAAGGUCAACGCCCUCAAGGUUAAGGUCAGUGUGAAGGUGAAGAGCGAAGCUGGACUUGGAGACCUGGGCUCCCGUGACGUCUGCGGCUGGAACGCUGGAACGCCAGGCGCUGGGACGGGCCGAGCACUUGACCGAGGGCUCAGCCAUAGGUGGCCAACUGAGGGCGGUGAUGAUGACACGGAUACAGGUGCACCGAGCGAACCUCCACCCCGACGCCCGACGACCCACAACGUCAACAUCCUCCCUGCUGCCGUUUCCAUGGCCACCUCAGCUCCACCCACAGCGAGGCCGCGGCUGAGGAGGUGGUGGCCUCACGGGCACCUCGGCACACGGCCGGCGCGCACUGCUCAGGCUGCAGGGAAGAGUAUCGGUGCUCUGGCGAGAGGGAGCGGGAGCUGCUUCAACGCCGGGCUCAGGGGGGGGCAGGGUGGCCUGUGGGGUCAUUUCAGGUUGCGCGGUCUUCAGAGGUCUGCGUCGGCACAGCAGACGGUGUGGGGUGGUCGCGGCGUCAACAAGCGGCGGUUCCCGUGCGGGUUCUGCGGGAAGACCUUCGAUCGCCUCAGCCAUCUGGAACGCCACCGCCGCAUCCACACGGGCGAACGACCCUACGGCUGCUCUCUCUGCGGGCGACGCUUCACUCAGAAGAGCAGCCUGAAAGGACACCUGAAGACACACAGAGGGAUGUCUGCAGGUGUGUCCGAUGGCACGGUGGGAGGGGACGGCCAGGCGCCAGAGGACGACUGGAGCUCCCAGUUUCCCUCUGCGAUGGAGGACGGGAAUUCCCAGUUCGUUGCCGCCGCCGGCGACGACAGUGACCCACCGCUAAGCAGCUCGGCGAGGACGGUUGGGCUGGAGGACGCUGGCCACACCCACACCCAGCCGACGACAGGAAAUGGCCACGUGCUCUUCCCGCCGUGCGGGAGGGAGGAAGCAGGCACACACACACAGCCAUGCGUGACGGUGGCGGGGGCCGCCGAGUCACACUCGGAUUCAUACACGUACACCACGACCAGAGCUGAGCAGUCCUGUGCAGCGGAGCAACUGAGGCCAGGGCAAGUGGAGGAAGUGACUCAGAACCGCGAAAGACAUACUCAAUCUGAACAAUACUGCGGCACGCUGAAACACACCGACCACAACCACAACCAUACACACACUGACGUCACGCACACACACCACGGAGCUCAGACAGAGGAGGCUGGCAUCGUUAACGGUUUUCUUGACCACGACAUGAACUUGAACCUGCACUGCCUGGCAGACUCACAACCAGCGCUGCUAAUGCAUCCAGAGAGUUCAACUACUCACCUCACACUCUCACACACACUUCAGACACACAGCCAGGAGGCCUCCACGCUCUCACUGUCACGGCACACACACCUUCCACACACUCAGGAGCGCACUUCUGCGCUCUCCCUACACACACACUCACAUCCCUCCCACAGUCAGGACCAGCACACACGCCCCUCCCAGAGUUCGGAGGGCAGGCGUGGGCUCUCACACAGUCAGGAGGGAAGGCCUGGUUUCUCCCAGAGUCAGGGUGUCGGGUCUUUGUGUGCAGUCAGUCAGGAGGCUGAGGGCUUUGGAGAGCUGCAGAUGGACCUGAAGGCUGAACACCUGGAGGAGGAAGAGGACGAGGAAGAUGAAGAGGAGGAGGAGGAGGAGAGCCUUCAUCAGGGGCCGCCUCGUUACAAGACCGAGGUGGAGUCGGAUGGGCAUCAGGCCCGUAUGGAGACUGGGGUUGCAGUGACAGAACGGGACAUUGGCGCCAUAGAACACAGCGAGUCCUCACUAUGGGAACGUGAUGCAGUAGAGUCCCACUGCCCUGUUGUCUCCCAUUGCGACGACAUGCGAGGAGGACGCCCUUCUUCCUGGGCCCAGCAGCCACCAGGCCCCGCCCACAUGAUCAAACAGGAAGAGGAAGUGUGUCCACUUUCCGACCCACUGCUGGACCUGCUGGCCAAUCAGCAGUCUCCAGAGACUGAGGCUGAGAACACUGAAUGCGGUGGCAGCGGCCCAGUUCACCUGUCAGACGACGAUCCUCUUUCUUGCUCGUCCCUGCCGACCACCGAGCUCGCGGCAGCGUUUUCGUCUGCACAGGACAAGGAUGGCAGGCGGCGGUUCCUGUGCGGAUUCUGCGAGAAGACCUUCGAUCGCCUCAGCCAUCUGGAACGCCAUCGCCGCAUCCACACGGGCGAACGACCCUACGGCUGCUCCCUCUGCGGACGACGCUUCACUCAGAAGAGCAGCCUGAAAGGACACCUGCGGACACACACCGGGGAACGCCCGUAUCAAUGCCCGCGCUGCUCGCUUGCCUUUGCAACAUCCAGCGCUCGCAACCGGCACCAGUGCACUCAGCCAGCGCCUCAUGGCAGACUGGCGUAUGCCUGGUGAACUCAAAGACACUGAAAAAGAUAGAGACAAAUCAAGAAGACCUUUAUGAAACUUAAAGUUGAGAAUAAAGGAAGUUCCCUUAGCCUUCGUGCCCUCCAGCGCCCGCAAGUGGUACCAUUGCAUAUGCCCAGUGAACUCAGAGACACUGGAAAAGGUAGAGAUGCCCCCUUAGGAUACCCAACUUCAGCACACUCCUUUGCAUUGGGUAGGCGGGGUUUGAAGUGUCUUACUCUACUGGAUGAUGUUCUAGUUAAGUUCCACAGCCGUACCACUGCCUGUGCUGCGCUGCUCCCUCGCCUUUGGCGCCUGCAGCGCUCGCAAUCGGCACCAGUGCCCUCUGCCGGCGCCACACGCUGGCAGACUGGCAUAGCCUAUGCCUGGUGACUAAUUCAGAGACGAUGGAAAGGGUAGAGACGAAUCAAGGAGACGUGUAGGAAGAACCAUGUUAAGUUGCAGUGGCUGAAGGUUGGACAGGUUUCUGCGUUGGUUGGUCUGGUAGCCAUGGGGCAGCCAUGGCUCAAUGGUUAGAGCACUGGUCUUAGAUCAGAGGGUUGCAGGUUCAAAUCCCACCCUUACUUACACCUUCGUCCAUGGCUGAAGUGUCCUUGAGCAAGGCACCUAACCCCACAUUGCUACAGGGCCUGCAACCAAUACCCUGUACCUAAAUAACUAAGUCGCUUUGGAUAAAUAAAGCGUCAGCUAAAAGUAAUGUAAUGUAAUGGUAGAUAGGCCUGCAUUAGAGGCCUGCAACAGGCAGGGCCUCCCGCGGAAAACGCGGUGCAAAAGCAAGCGGCGCAGGGCAAUGUUUGACAGCCUUUCGCGGUAGUUGGAGGGAAUGGAGAGGUGUGGUCGCGGGAGCGGGACAUAGGCAUGUCCUCUGGAAUCCCGCAAAGUGCAUUUGCAUUAAAUACAUUUCAGAAAAUGAUUAAAAUGUGUAUUUUUAAAGUGCCAAAUGUUGU